CCACGUGUGUGUUGUAUGAAUGAACUUUAUUAGCACAGACAGAGCGGACAGUGACAGUCAGUAGCCGGGGGGAUGGCUGGCAUAGUGCAGUAUGUGGUGCUCCGGAAGGAUCUGCAGGCCGGACUCGGGUGGCCCCUGGGGGCCCUGGUGGCUCAGGCCUGUCAUGCUGCCACCGCCGCCAUUCACCUGCACUAUGAUCACCCCCAGACCCGGGAGUACCUACAGGGGCUGGACACCAUGCACAAGGUGGUGCUGGAGGUCCCGGACGAGGUGACUCUCACCGGAUUGGCGGAGACGUUGAAGCAGGCGAACAUCGAUCACAAAUUGUGGACGGAGCAGCCGGAGAACAUCCCCACCUGCAUCGCCCUGAGGCCGUACCGCAAGGAGGAGGUCCACCCCUACCUCAAGAGGUUCAAGCUGCUGAAGUGACCAGAUUGCCCCGCCCCCUCACCGACAUAUUUAUUGGCUGCUCCACCUCUGGACUUAAAGGACCCCCCCUCCCCCACAAUCAACUCUUAUUUUAUAUUUUCUAAGCUAAGUCAUUGUGAGGUUUUGGUUAUCCUGGGACAAUAAAUAAAAAAUCCAUAAGAAGACUUUUAAUUCGUUCAGCUGUACGUGUAAUCUGACCUUCAGCUCUGUAAAUGGGGGGGAAAAAAGAGCCUAAAGCUCCACCUGCUGGCUGAAUAAAGUAAAUACAGUUAUAUGCAGGAGAAGAAUUGUACCUGCUGAACUAAACGUGGAAAUAAAAA